AAAUCACCAGUGAUUAGUGAGUGGAGAAUCGACCCUUCGAGAUACAACACAUCACACGCGCUAGUUAAACAUGUAGUAAAAUCACGGAGUAGUAAAGUGUAAUUGAAGGACACGUGGUUUGUAGAAGUGGAAAAAAUAAACAGCUUAAUCAUGUUUUGAUAAGAACUGAAUAAUUAUCGUCAGUACAACGAGAACGAUCUAGUUAAGAACCAGUAUCAUUUUGAUCCGUCAUUGUUGAUCCAACUUUUCUACCACAGACAGAACAUGUUGAAGGGAGCUGUUGCUUUAGUGACUGGAGGGGGAUCCGGCCUGGGUUUGGCGACGGUCGAAAGAUUUGUGAAGCAAGGGUCAAAAGUUGUCAUUGCUGAUCUUGCCACAUCUAAAUCACAUGAGAUAGCAGAUCAGCUUGGACCAUCUGCAGCAUUUUCCCCAACUGAUGUAAGAUCAGAGGAAGAUGUCAAAACAGCAUUGAACUUGGUGAAGGAAAAGUUUGGUAAAUUAGAUGUGGUCGUAAACUGUGCUGGUAUCGGGAUAGCUUAUAAAACAUACAAUUUCAAUAAGAAGAGGGCUCAUGAAUUGAGUGAUUUUGAAAAUGUACUGAUGGUCAACACUGUCGGAACAUUUAACGUAAUUCGAUUGGCAGCUGGUCUUAUCGGCGAGAAUGUACCUAACGAAGAUGGGCAGCGGGGAGUCAUAGUCAACACGUCUAGCAUAGCAGCUUUCGAUGGACAGAUCGGCCAGGCUGCGUAUGCAGCAAGCAAAGCUGCUGUGGCUGGCAUGACUCUUCCCAUUGCCAGAGAUCUUUCAACUCAAGGUAUUCGCGUUGUGACUAUUGCACCUGGGUUGUUCGAUACACCACUGUUACAAGGACUGCCUGAGAAAGUGAGAAAUUUUCUGGCAAACUCGAUACCCUUUCCUCCAAGACUGGGAACUCCUGCUGAAUAUGCACAAUUUGUAGAAUCGGUUAUCGAGAGUCCAGUUCUUAAUGGCGAAGUCAUAAGACUGGACGGUGCCUUGAGAAUGCAGGCAUAAAGUAAAUGGGUUCUCCUUUUAUUACAGAUCUAUUUAUUACGUUGAAUUAAUUAUGUGAAUAAUUGUUAUUAAUAAAUAAAUGGAUCUGAGCUAGCAGCUCGAGUCAUACAGACAUUGA